AUGCCUCGCCCCGCUGUCCGCCGUACAAGUCGAUAUGCAUUUGCCUGGACUUGGGAGCCUUGGCGGGAGCAGCGCGAGUGGGUGCACCGCGCGAACUCCCGCAUUUACCGCCUCAUAAGCUACCCGGCCAACUCUCUAAACACAUCACAAAACACCGCAAAGGUACUUGCUGGCUUCGCCGUCGGCGUCAUUGGGCUCCCUGGUCUCUUCAGCUCCUGCCUACAGGCCGUCAACAAGGUAGAAUCGUACCGUUCAGUCCGGAUUGACAAAAACGUGCAAUACACCUUGUUCGAUGCCACCAAGACACGCUUCGAGCAAUAG